AAUGAUGGCCUCGCAGGAGCAGGUCUGGCCAGUCCCCAUGAAGGCAAUUGGAGCACAAAACCUUUUGACAAUGCCUGGAGGAGUGACCAAAUCAGGGUAUCUUCAUAAAAAAGGAGGCACCCAGCUGCAGAUCUUGAAGUGGCCAUUGAGAUUCGUCAUUAUCCAUGAGGGAUGCAUUUACUAUUUUAAGAGCAGUACAUCUGCAUCUCCACAGGGUGCAUUUUCUUUGAAUGGUUAUAACAGGGUUAUGCGGGCAGCUGAGGAGACAACAUCAAGCAAUGUGUUUCCUUUCAAGUUAGUUCACAUUAGCAAGAAGCACAGGACGUGGUUUUUUUCGGCUUCUUCUGAAGAUGAAAGAAAGAAUUGGAUGUUAUCCCUGAGGAGGGAAAUUGAUCACUACCAUGAGAAGAAAGAAACAAUAACAGAAUUCAGUGACUCUGGUUCUGAUGCAGACAGUUUCUAUGGCUCAGUAGAACGUCCCAUUGAUAUCAAGUAUUCUCAUCAUUCAGCAGAUAAUGAAGAUUAUGACCAGGAGGAAGAGGAUGAGUCUUACUUGCAGCCUGAUACUUCUGUCAUAGUGAAAGAUGAUAUGGUCCUGCCCCCAGCCUACCCACCUCCACCAGUUCCUCAUGUCAGAAAAGCUGCCUACUCAGAAUCAAGGGCACAUUCCUUUGCUGGCAAAUCUACUGUGUCAGUACCACCACCGCCUCCUAAAAGAAGCUUACCUGAUAUCAAACUAGAGGAUCUCUUAAACAUGAGAGAACCCCAGUUACAGUGCCGAGCUGAACCUAAUCUAAAGAUUCAAUCCUCAAGCCGGAGACUAAGUGAACAGCUGCCCCCUGUACCCCCUCUACCUCCUUUCAAAAAGCCUGCAUGUGUUAAAGAAUCUUCCUCAUUGCCUCCGGAGCCUCUGCCUCUAGCUGAAGUUCUUGCUACUCCAGAAGGGUGCGAGAAGCUAAAAACCUUAAAUCUUUCACCGCGAACUCCUCCUCCACUACCAAGCAGUAAACCCAAGCUGUCACAGUUUACUGAAAAAACAGUAGAGCCCAAAGUGCCAAGAGAACAUGGUAAACCUGGACUGUUUGUGCCACCAGUGCUCCCAAAGCCACCUCUGCCAAGCCACCAGCCCCCUGGAAUCAAGCCUAGACCAGAGAAGUCUUCAUGUCCCCAGUUACAGAGAUCGCCACCAGAUGGACAGAGUUUUAGAAGCUUCUCAUUUGAAAAACCAGCACUACCCUCCAAGCCAAACCAACCUGAUGAUGAUUCUGAUGAUGACUAUGAAAAAGUUGGGCUGCCUGCUUCAAUAUUUCUUAAUACCUCCGAGUCCUUUGAAGUUGAAAGGACAUUUAAAGCUAGUAGCCCAUGGGGACAACCGCAAAAUGGAUUGUACUGUAUUAGGAACUCAUCUACUAAGCCUGGAAAGGUAUUGGUUGUAUGGGAUGGAUCUGCAGAAAAAGUAAGAAACUACAGAAUCUUUGAAAAGGAUUGCAAGUUUUACCUGGAUUCAGACAUCAUGUUUUUGAACAUGGGAAGUUUGGUUGAAUACUACAGCACUCAUGUCUUACCUAGUCAUGACAGCCUGAUUCUUCGGUGUCCUUAUGGUUAUUCUAAACCAAGGUGACAUGACUGGCAUAAU